AUGAGGAUUGUGACGGUGAAGGCGCUGCCGCCCCAGCCCUGUCCCCGCUGGCACCGGGCCCUUCCCGCGGAGACCGUGCCACGCUGCCAAAGCGGGGUGAGGCAGCAGAGGCCGGAGCGUUCCCAGGGACAGCCUGGACACCUCUGGUGCCACCCAAGGAGCUUCUCCAGGUGCAGAGAGGCUUUUCCUGAGGAACCGGGGAACGCGUCACCUUGUCCCGAGCGCCUCUUUUGGUGGCUCCAGAGACGGAAACUCCCCCGAAAAGGCCCGAGGGGGGGGAGGAAGAGAGCGGGAGGAGGGUUGGAAGCCAAACUUUUCUUUGGGCCUUUGUCUGAGCCCACAAAGGCGGCUCUGUUGGAUGAACCUGGCCGAGCACCCACCUGCAGCCAGGUGAGCUGUGGGGGCAGCCGGGCUGCAGCUCCUGCUCAGCCUCCCCGGGCGAGUCCCCUGCUGGCCCUAAAAGUCAGAUUUUUCAGAGCAGCUGCGGGGCAGGGUGAGGCUGCACCCCGAGGUCGGAGUCACUCCCGAGCCUCUCCUGCUCCGGGUGAUGCCCCAGUUCACCUUCGCCUGUUUCUGUGGCCUCCACGGCUUCUGCAAGAUGAAGAGGAAGAAGGAACAGGCCAGCGGGGGGCAGGAGACGGCCGUGUGAGGAUCAGCCCCCGCCCGGGACCCCUCCUGUCCCCUCGAUUCUCCAUUUAUCCUGCAAAUUCUCUCCCGCAUCCCGCGGAUUCUCUCCUCAUUUCCCGUCCCUCCCUGUCCCCAGGACGGCCGGGGAAGAGCCGAAGUGUCCCUGCCCACGAUGUCCCUGCCCGUCCCGCUGGGAGCGAGAAUUCCCUCCCUGCUCCAGCAAUUCCCAGCAGAGAAACCGGGAAAAUCUCCAAAAUCCUGGCCAAGCCUUGUCGUUGCCAGAAUCCAGAGCUGGGCAGCGCCUCUGGCACGGCAAGAAGCACCCGGACCUGAGCGCUGCUGGAGCAGAUAAAUCCCGCUGAUGGCAGUGGGAAUCAGGUGUCUAUCCAAGGAAAAUUCCAAGGAUUUUCCGUCCUCUGGAGCGGGAGGCGAGCGGUGAAGCCGAAGCUGGAGCCGUGUCCUGGCUGCUCCCGGAUUUCCUUUGGGAAGGGAUGCAGGAACGCAGCUCGUCCUCCCCAUCCCGGAUCCAGCUGGAAUUCCUGCAAAUCCCCCCCAAAAAAAAAUGCUGCGGAUUCCCAGGGUUCACGGGAAGAGCCUCCACCUCCUCAGGAAAGCAGAGCCGCGCUCCCCAAAGAGGAAUUUAUUCCCACCAGCAAUAAUCCCAUCCACCAAGGGAAGGAUCCACUGCCCUGCUCACAUUCCCACCGGGAAUUUGGGGUGGGAACUCUCCAGGCAGGGCAAUUCCUGCAUACAAGACUUAAAAAAUUAAAGCAAAAAAAACCAUUUUAAAUAUUUUUCCCCCCUCAGAAAUCACCUGGUGGAAGCUGUCCCUUCUCCCUGCCGAGGGGAGGAUUCUCUUCCAGGUAUUCCCAGUCUUCCCACAAGACAAAAUUAAUUCGUGGCUGUCCCAAAACUCGGCGUUUUCCAAAGGUUUUCCAGAGGAUGAAACAAUUCCAGAUCAGUUGAUUUGGGAAAAUGCUGAAUUUCCAUUUCAUUUCCCAUUUUUGCACCUCAGCCUCCUCGGUUCCACCUUUGGCGAGGAACUUUGGGAUCAGCUCUGGACCAAAAAAUCCAAGGAAAUUGGUGGAACUCCAAGGGAA